UUUGCUUGGAAAGGCACAGGUAGGAGGCGCGGGCUGUUGAGUGCACGCUCACUGCUCUGGGAGGAGUCUCUCUCCCUUUGCUCGGCUUUCUGGGAGCUGCGGACUGCCCCGGAGCGUUGGUGGUUGCCGAGUGCCGGCUGCAGGGAGACUCGCCGGCGGCUGGGAGCCGGGAGCCGGGCCGAGCCCUUCUGAGAGUGCGGCCGUGCGCUGCCCGGCGCCAUGCUUCUGCUGGGCAUCUUAACCCUGGCUCUCGCCGGGGGACCCACUGGUGCAGCAGAGCCAGAGCAGGAGGUGGUGGUUCCCAUCCGACUGGACCCGGACAUCAACGGCCGCCACUACUACCGGAGGGGUCCCGAGGACUCCGGGCACCAGGGACUCAUUUUUCAGAUCACAGCAUUUCAGGAGGACUUUUACCUACACUUGACUCCAGAUGCUCAGUUCCUGGCGCCCGCCUUCGCCACUGAGCAUCUGGGCGUCCCCUUCCCGGGACUCACCGGGAGCUCUCCACACUUGAGACGUUGCUUCUACUCUGGGGACGUGAACGCUGAACCAGACUCCUUCGCCGCUGUGAGCCUGUGCGGGGGUCUACGCGGUGCUUUUGGCUACCGAGGCGCCGAGUAUGUCAUUAGUCCACUGCCCAACGCCAGCGCGCAGGCAGUGCAGCGCAACAGCCAGGGCGCACACCUCCUCCAGCGCCGAGGCGCCCCCGGUGGGCCUGCCGGAGAUCCCACCUCUCGCUGCGGGGUGGCCUCAGGCUGGAACCCCGCCAUCCUGCGGGCGCUGGACCCUUAUAAGCCGCGGGGGACCAGCUUAGGAGAGAGUCGCGGUCGGCGCAGGUCCGGGCGCUCCAAGCGCUUCGUGUCUAUCCCGCGGUACGUGGAGACACUGGUGGUGGCAGACGAGUCAAUGGUCAAGUUCCACGGCGCAGACUUGGAGCAUUACCUGCUGACGCUGCUGGCCACGGCGGCGCGACUCUACCGCCAUCCCAGCAUCCUCAACCCCAUCAGCAUUGUUGUAGUCAAGGUGCUACUUCUCGGAGACCGCGACGCUGGGCCCAAGGUCACGGGCAACGCGGCCUUGACGCUGCGCAACUUUUGCGCCUGGCAGAAGAAGCUGAAUAAAGUGAGUGACAAACACCCCGAGUACUGGGACACAGCCAUCCUUUUCACCAGGCAGGACCUGUGUGGGGCCACCACUUGUGACACGCUGGGCAUGGCUGAUGUGGGCACUAUGUGCGACCCCAAGAGGAGUUGUUCUGUGAUCGAGGAUGAUGGGCUUCCAUCAGCCUUCACCACUGCCCAUGAGCUGGGCCACGUGUUCAACAUGCCCCAUGACAACGUGAAGGUGUGUGAGGAGGUGUUUGGGAAACUCCGAGCCAACCACAUGAUGUCGCCAACACUCAUCCAGAUUGACCGCGCCAGCCCCUGGUCGGCCUGCAGCGCUGCCAUCAUCACCGACUUCCUGGACAGUGGGCAUGGUGACUGCCUCCUGGAUCAACCUAGCAAGCCCGUCGCCCUGCCUGAGGACCCGCCAGGUGCCAGCUACAGCCUAAGCCAACAGUGUGAGCUUGCCUUUGGUGUGGGCUCAAAGCCCUGUCCCUACAUGCAGUACUGCACCAAACUGUGGUGCACCGGCAAAGCAAAGGGGCAAAUGGUGUGCCAGACCCGCCACUUCCCGUGGGCAGAUGGCACCAGCUGCGGUGAGGGCAAGUUCUGCCUCAAAGGGACCUGUGUGGAGAGACACAACCUCAGUAAGUACAAGGUGGAUGGCUCCUGGGCCAAAUGGGAGCCCUACGGCCCCUGCUCGCGCACCUGCGGGGGAGGCGUGCAGCUGGCCCGGAGGCAGUGCAGCAACCCCACCCCUGCCAACGGGGGCAAGUACUGCGAGGGGGUGAGGGUGAAAUACCGAUCCUGCAACCUGGAGCCCUGCCCCAGUUCAGCUUCAGGCAAGAGCUUCCGGGAGGAGCAAUGUGAGGCUUUCAAUGGCUACAACCACAGCACCAACCGGCUCACCCUUGCCGUGGCGUGGGUGCCCAAGUACUCAGGUGUUUCUCCUCGGGACAAGUGCAAGCUCAUCUGCCGAGCCAAUGGCACCGGCUACUUCUACGUGCUGGCACCCAAGGUGGUGGAUGGUACACCAUGCACUCCUGAUUCCACCUCAGUCUGUGUCCAAGGCAAGUGCAUCAAGGCUGGCUGCGACGGGAACCUGGGCUCCAAGAAGAAAUUUGACAAGUGUGGAGUGUGUGGGGGUGACAACAAGAGCUGUAAGAAGGUGACAGGCCUCUUCACCAAGCCCAUGCAUGGCUACAAUUUCGUGGUGGCCAUCCCUGCGGGUGCCUCGAGCAUCGACAUCCGCCAGCGUGGCUACAAGGGGCUGAUUGGAGAUGACAACUACCUGGCCCUGAAGAAUAGCCAAGGCAAGUACCUGCUCAACGGGCACUUCGUAGUGUCGGCAGUGGAGCGGGACCUGGUGGUGAAGGGCAGCCUCCUGCGCUACAGCGGCACCGGGACCGCGGUGGAGAGCCUGCAGGCCUCCCGGCCCAUCCUGGAGCCCCUUACCGUGGAGGUCCUCUCUGUGGGCAAGAUGACGCCGCCCCGGGUCCGCUACUCUUUCUAUCUGCCCAAGGAGCCUCGGGAAGACAAGGCCUCCCACCCCAAGGACCCCCGGGGCCCCUCUGUGCUCCACAACAGCGUCCUCAGCCUCUCCAAUCAGGUGGAGCAGCAGGGCGACAGGCCCCCUGCACGCUGGGUGGCAGGCAGCUGGGGGCCUUGCUCUGCAAGCUGUGGCAGCGGCCUGCAGAAGCGGGCGGUCGACUGUCGCGGUCCCCCGGGGCUGCGUGUGGCAUCUGCCUGUGAUGCAGCCCACCGGCCAGUGGAAACCAGAGCCUGUGGGGAGCCCUGCCCGACCUGGGAGGUCGGGGCCUGGUCGCCUUGCUCCAAGAGUUGCGGCCGGGGAUUUAAGAGGCGUCCACUCAAGUGUUUGGGCCCCGGAGGGCGGCUGCUGGCCCGGGACCAGUGCAACCUGCGCCGGAAGCCCCAGGAGCUAGACUUCUGCAUCUUGAGGCCGUGCUGAAUAGGACCAUGCUUUUCUCCUCCUCACUCUCCCCCGCGUUGGUGCUGCCAGUGUUCUGGCCAGCUGGAGCCACGGGCAAAGGGCAGUGGUCGGGGGUCCAUGUCAUGACGUCACCCGCUUCCAGGGACAAGGACCAGGGGUGGGAGUGAGAGGUCUCCUCCUCUUCCCUGGCCUGGGUGGGGGAAGCCAAGUGACUAACGCACAGUCUACCUCAUGCUGGGCUCCUCCAGGGCCCAGUCUCUGGGAGAGGCUGAGAGGUGCGGGCUCUGGGCAGAGGUGCCGGGCCCGGUUUUCAAGGGACCUGGAGGAUGGGCACCUCCCAGGAAGAACUUCAGGGACCUUGGCCCCCGUCAGGGAGGCCACAGGCUGCUGGAAGAGCCAUGGCCCAGCAGCUUGGCACCCUCAGGUGGCCCCGGGGGCUCUAAGCCGUUUCUGAACAAGGCAGGUUUUUAUGGUGCUGUCAGCCCACCUUUUCUUUCUGACUGACAAGGACUGAAUAAUAAAAAAUGGCUGGGGUGGGCAAAAACUGGGGGGAGAGUGGGAUUAGGUAUAACUGGAGCCUGGGCCACCCCGUUUGAAAAGAGGUAUAUAAGUAGGGAGAGUCCGGAGGUUUCUCAUUGUCUUUCUACUCCUGGCCCUCCCUCAAGAGCCACCUCUUCUCCUCGUGUCUAGGGUAUCAUGCUGGUGGGAGGGCUUCCAAGUACAUGCCCUCUGGUGCAUUGCAAAUAGAUACAAAGUGUCAGUAGGGAGCCUAUUGCCUUCCUCAGGAGGGAUCUGACCAUUAAAACAAGAUACAAGGGAUGAUGGAUUCUGUGGUAAGGCAUGGAGUUUGAAGAGUGACUUAGGGGGUUCUGUGUCACUGGGGCUGGGCUUGAGCUUUGGGGGAAUGUUACCCUGGGAUGGGGAAGAGGAGGCCCCAGUUCUGAUGGCUUCUUCCUUCAGAGAGGCAGGUAUAAAUAGGGCUGCUGCCUUAGGCUCUGCAUUGCCUCAGAGAAGCUUCAGGGUGGCCACGGUCUUAUCCCCACUAAGAAGGGCAUGGGGGGUGCACAAGAGGGCUGGGUGCUGAACAUCCACAUGCCUGCAGGUUGGUUUUCACCUAGACAGCUACAUGUGGUCUGGCUUUGGGCACAUCACGUGGCAUUGCAGUUGGAUAACGGGGCUCACCGUUUGCUACCUCAGGCUAUGCUCUGUGGGAACCCACGCUUGCCCCUCUCUGGGGCAGUGGUGACCCUGGUGCUUCCAGCAGACCUGGCUGUUGUCCUCUGUAGACUGAGCUGCCCAGACACAAAAAUGAUUGUGUGGUACGUGGUGUCCUGCUCCCCAUAGCCCAGCCAGUCAUGCCCUGGGGCUCCAAAUAUGAAGACAGGAUCUCUCUCUUCAGGUGCCUUGGGAACAGGUUUCAGGAGACCCCAAGAAUCAAUGACCUGACCCAGAGGCCCUUGGCAGCCACAAUGGGAACUCUUGUGUAUCCUGGAGACAUGUUGGGGAUAUAGACACCAGGGUGUUUCCUAUAGCUCUAAGUGGGAAGAUGUUCUGGGGUUAGCGAGUCUUUGGUCAAGCAGGGUAUUUCUUGAGGAAAUACAGCACGUACAUGGGAUGGGAGGUUCUGCUUCUGAGUCAGGUAAUAUGUCCUGGCUUUUAGCGAGGUAACAGCAGAGCAAGUGUCUUCCCUGGGAAAGGGGUUCAAUCCUUUUAUUUGGCUUCCCCUAAUAGCCCAAACCCACAAACCAGCCAUUCAGGCAAGCCUCUGUGAUGAUUUUACAAAUUCCAGCCUAACCCCGAGCUGAGCCCUUGAACAAGGCUCCCCCAGUGGGGCAGAGGGCCUGCAGAUCUCUGAGGCAGGGCUGCAGUCACUUCCGAAGACUGAAGUGAGGAGGAAUCUUCCCCCCCUGAAUGGGUAAACACUGUGGGGCUUCAGCAUCAAAGGGGACCCAGGGCACCAGGGCAGAUGUGGACCCCCGCUAGCCGACGAUAGCACUGCACCCUGUGCUUGGUGCACCCAUCCUCAGCGAGGAGGUUGUGGCACAGGGGGUGUGCAGAAUAGGCAGGGGAAUGGGGUGGGAGGGAAGGGAGCUGCCAUCAGUGGGGGGUGACUGACCCCCCUAGCAGGGCGGCUUUACAAAUUACUUCAAGGAGGGACAACCUAUCUUGUUCCUGACGCAAGCUGGGUCUCAGUGAUCUUUUCUGUCAUGAUGUCUUUCUUUUUCCUUUUUUUUUUUUUUUUUCCUUUUUAAAAGAGGUAUGACCAAGACAACUUGGGAGGUUUGUCUUAUCCUUGACCAUUUUGCCAAUCCAACCAUGCUCUCCAGGGCUGAGCAGAGACAAGCCUCAAGGUACAGGUUUCUGGUGAUGGGAUAAAAAAAAUUAAGGUGGUAUCUCAUGUCUGUGGAAGAGGAGGAAGAUUCUGGGGGCUCCAGAAACUUCCUCCAUGGGGUGUGGAUCAGUAAGGAUCUGGGCUCUGGAGCCCCCUGCCUCCUCUGCCCUUUGUGUGCACUGAUUGGAGGAGUCCAACCUUGUGAACCUUGCCGUGCUGGAGUAGGGGGCUGGGGUGAGCCAAGGGGCUUGGUUGUUCCCAGCCUGGGAGUUGGCUCCCAAAGGCACUAGACACUGUCACUUACAGAGCCCCCUUUGCGUUUGGUUCUUUUGCAUUCCACGUGCUGCAGAAGGAUGGAAGGACGUGGGUACUGGCUGGGCUGUGUAUACUGUGUAUACAUGGGAGCUGGCUGCUGCGGGGACGACAGCCUGCUCCUAAUAAAGUUGUAAGUAUUUAAA